UACCCACACAUUAUUGUACAUCACAUGAUGAAAAAUAGUUUUAGGUUCUUUACAGAAACUAGUUUUAACCAGUGCUUUUAAAUGGUCUCAUUUACUCACUUAAAUGCAACUUAAAACAAUGAAACAAUGACAGUAGAUGGAGUUAGCUUACACGGUGACCAAGCUAGACUAAUAUGUUUUACUCCACACUACUCCACGUUAAUCAUGAACUCUAUGUAAAAAAGAUUCACUAAAAGUGUUUAAAGAUGAAACAAAGACGGUUACAAUCCUGUAACCGUCCCCCACCUCCCCUCCCCCCAACUAUGGCGGGCGACGAGCGGCACAUGAAGGCCAAUGCCAUGUCUACCAAACAACUUCUAUGCAUUACAACGCCUCUUUUUACAUCAUGAAAAAUAGCUAAAAGCAGUAAAAAUAAAUGAUAGAACAACACCCUGCAACAAAAUACAAUAUAAGUAUCGAAAGUCACUAUAUUCGACAAUCGCCCCCAACCUGCCAAGUUGGUUUAGCUACAUACAAGAUAGCAGAAUGUAAAGACAUAACGACUUACCUUUAAGUGUGGCGGUUGUAAUUUCAUCCAGUGUAUCCAUAGCUUGACUUCACUUGAAUCCACAAACUGGAACUCACCAAACAAUCCUGAAAACAGCAGCAGUUUGCGUUGCUUGCCCAUAUGCAUGUUCCACUCGGCGCUCUUCUCGUUUUUUUCGGUAACGGUCUUCUCCUCCGGGCGCGCAGUACAUUGGACUAUACCAUCUUCUCCAGAAAGGCGGGUGGGGGGGGGAUGUCAUCAGCCGAAAAAAAUACUUUGCAUUUCCCCAAGUAAAUUUUAAUGAGUAAGACUGUUUAAUUAGAUUACAGUCAAUAUUUAUCUACGUACACAUGUCAUGUAGGGUAUGAUUAUUUAUCGCAGGCACACAAUUAUGAUAAGAAGCCCGUCUUACCCCCUAAUGGACUAAACCAUAUAAUCUUGGGUUCACGGGAAAAAACGCGGUUCAUCAUGGGACAAAAAGCCGGGCAGCUUAGUUCAGACAAGGGUACAGAAAAUGAUUUGGCGCUGUGUUAUUUGCUUUGUUUUUGUGGGUCUAACCCUCAAAUCUUUACUGAGUCAUAUUAAUUCUGCACAUAGCCGUAGUCCAGAUUUUCGUGUCAUUUGCGGGAUUGAUGGUUGUGUCAAAGAGUAUCGAGUUUACAACUCUCUUUGGUAUCACAUUCGAAGAAGCCACUCUGAACACCUUGACAAUGGAAGCAGCAGCAGAUCACGGAGCGGGAGGACACUGACAUCAAAACGGUAAGGCUGUUACUGUUACUAUUAUUAUUUUAUUCAUCUGUCAAAUAUUCUUAAAACAUGUGGAAAAAUAUAAAAUAUGUAUGUGAAUAUUACAAUACUACAUAUGAUAAUAUCUAAAAAACAGAGUAAAUCAUUUAUUGCUUAUUCAUCCUAGCCUUGAAUUGUUAGAUACUUUUUCGGAUUUAGUAGCAGACUAGCAUGUGUCUGUAUGGGAUUGGAUAGUAAGACAACAAAUCACAAACAGCUAAGGAGGACUUUUAGCUCACGUUAGUUUAGAAAUCAUACGUUCAACCCCAACCAGCAGUAAAACUGUGACUUCAGUUUACAUUUACUAUAAUUUAUUUUCCCCCAUGUCACACACAUAUUUCCUGUGAACAAAAGCCGUGCGAGCAGCUGUUUGUCCUUCUAAAAAUACAAUAUAGAGCGUCCAGUUCGUUCAUUUCCGUUCUGAUGGCGGCUGCCAUAUUUGUUUACAAAGAUGCUUCAGUGGUGCUGCCCUGUCAAUCACCACAUAAAGCCCGCCUCAUUUCAAAUAAACGACUGUCAUUUGCUACUGGGCAAAUACACAAAACUCAGGAAAAAAAAACAGGAUCACUUAAAAGAUUGUUUUUUAACUGUUUCACUCAAAAUCAAAUCUGACAAAUGUAUUUCACAAUAAUUAAAUAUCUAAAUGUUGUAGACAUGACUUGACUGUCUAUUACAAAAACACAUAAUAUUUAUUUCUUACUUGAAUCUUUACAAAUCCUGUCCAAAAAUAUUUGAAUGUUAGGUUAAAGUGAUGGAAUUUUGCAAAUGUGGAUCUUACAGGGUAAAUGAACUGAAACCUGAUAAUAUUGACAUUUUUUCCUUGAAAAAUGAAAAUACGCAAAAUACUUUACAGUUAAUUUUCUUUUUCUCAUCUAAUCAAUUAUUCAAUUCAUCCUAAUUGCAGUUCUACAAGAAGGGAGCCCCCAUCAGUGGCAGACAGAAACACCAGCAACAUUUGGACAUGCAGGCCUGCUGAUUCAGUGGUGGAAAACAGACACCAACUAACAGAGUGUACAACAUUGGAGAACAGAGGCCAACCAAUGACGGAUGCAGCGGUGGACAACAGAGUACAGUCAGUGGAAGAUGCAACGAUGGAGGAUAACAGAGUGCAACCCUAUCCGGAAUGUGACGAUCCUGAACAUUUUGGAACUUUUGAUAGUAAUGUGUCAUUGUACUCCGGUUUCGACAAUGGUCUCCAUACAUCUCCAAAGCACCCUGCACUGUCCCAGACCAAUGACGAUAUUCUGAACAUCCCGGCGGCUUGUCCAAGUGAGCUUGCAGAUGGCUACCCAUCUGGCCAACCUAAGGCAAGUCUACUGAUAGUUUUCUUCAAUGCACAAUAACAUGCAAUUAAGUAAGUACAUACCUAUAUUUAUUUCCCCCUUUUUCCCUGAAGGAUGUCCAAUGCUGCAAUGUUCUGACAAGACAAGCUACUGCUAUUGUGCUGACUGCCAGAGAAAAACACCAUCUUUCACAGAGUGGUGUAAAUGAUGUCUUAGUGGCAAUGCAGCAGUACCAAGCUCUCUUGGUGAAAAAUCUGAGAAGUCAGCUGCAAACAGUCUUCCAGCAACAUCAAGGAAGUGGACUUGAAAAGGAAGCUAUGGAAGUAUUUGACCAGAUCGAGGACCCAUUUGCCUCUGUUUCAACAACGUACAGGCAGGAUAGUGUGAUUAAGGAGAAUUUCAAUUUUGUUGAGUCACAGGAGAUUUCUGUUGGGUAUAAAGCUUGCAUGGUGAAAAAAGGGAGAAAAAGACACCUUGCUACAGUGCCCAAAUGUUUUCAUUAUAUACCCCUUAUCAGAAGUUUGGAACAGUUACUAUCCCAUCCAAAGGUUUUGGCAAUGAUAGAUGAGCCACAGAAAUACAGUGGUGCGUAUUUGUAUGACAUCAGUGAUGGCGAUCUCAUGAAGUCACAUUCUUUAUUUUCUGUUCGACCUUCUGCUUUACAGAUAAUCCUUUACUCUGAUGAAAUUGAAAUUUGCAAUCCACUUGGGUCUCAUGCCUCCAAAAAUAAGUUGCUAAUGUUUUAUUAUACUUUGGGGAAUAUUAAUCCUAAAUAUCGAUCAAAACUAGCUGCCAUUCGCCUACUUGCCAUUGCCAAAAAGAGUGAGCUCUCUGAAUGUGGUGUAGAUGGAAUCUUGGGAAGGUUGCAUGAGGAUUUAGUAAUGCUAUAUGAUGGAGUUACAAUUCAAACAGGGAAUGGUGAACGUGAAAUAUUUGGAGCAUUGGUUUCAAUAUGUGGUGACACUUUGGCUCAGCAUGAGGUUUGUGGAUUUAAAGAGGGUGUUGGUUUUGCUUAUAGUAAAUGCCGGCAGUGUGAAUGUUCAUUUGAGGACAUGCAAAUCCAUUUCGAUGAGGAUAACUUUGAGGGAAGGACAAUAGAGAGACAUGUCCGGCAGUGUAGCAACAUUGAGAAGGCCAGCACAGAAUAUCUCAGAAACAGCUUAAAAAAACAUAUGGUAUCAAUAGAAGAAGCAAGCUGGUAG